UGAGAGCAAGUGACAUCAUGGAUGGGAGGGACCAGGAGCGCUUCUUAACGGAGAGAGCUCGCUCCCAGACAGCCCAGACAGGCUCGGCAGCUCGGCUCGGCUCGGUCCCCGUCGGCCCGGUCCGGUUCAGCGCGGCCCGGCCGUUUCUCCCCCUCAUGGCGGGGCUCGGCAUGAGCAACGGCAGCGCGGAGCUGCCCGGGUACGGGGCUCUGGACGCUUCUCCCGUGCGCCUGCUGCAGCCCCUGUGGGACGUGGUCAGGGCCCGAGAGGGGCUGCUGCAGUCUCCCUUCUUCCCGGUGCUGUUCUCCGGCGCCACCUACACGGCCUUCUGCCUGCCCUUCGUGGUCCUGGACGUGGUGGGCGCCCGCGCGCCCGCGCUGCGGAAGUACAAGAUCCACCCGAACUUCUACCCGUCGGCGGGCCAGCUCCUGCUCUGCCUGCUGCACACGCUCUACCAGCACGUCGUCUUCAUCCUGCCGGUGACCGCGCUGCGCUGGCACUGGGGCCCGCCCAGCUGGCCGGCCGCGGCCCCGGGGCUCGGCGAGCUGCUGUCCCACGUGACGGCGUGCCUGCUGCUCUUCGAUGCCGAGUUCUUCGUCUGGCACGUGCUGCACCACAAGGUGCCCUGGCUCUACCAGACCUUCCACAAGGUCCACCACAAGAACACCGCGCCCUUCGCGCUGGCCACGCAGUACCUGAGCGUCUGGGAGCUCUCCUUCCUGGGCUUCUUCAGCUCCCUGAACCCCACGCUGCUGGGCUGCCACCCCCUCACCACCAUGAUCUUCAACGUGGUCAACAUCUGGCUGUCCGUGGAGGACCACUGCGGCUACGACUUCCCCUGGUCCACGCACCGCCUGGUGCCCGGCGGCUGGUACGGCGGGGUGUCCCACCACGACCUGCACCACAGGAAGAUCAAUUGCAACUACGCCCCCUACUUCACCCACUGGGACAAGUUGCUGGGGACCCUGAACUCGGGCAACGCUCCGACCCCCGGCCCUUGGAACUGAGCCCCUCCGGGGGGCCGAGGUGAACAAAGCGGAGGGUCCCGUGGCGAGGGAGAGGAGGCGCCUAGUUAGGAGCUCCGAGAGAUGGGAUCUCGGGUAUUUUUACAGCCCGAGCGCCUUCAUUUCCAACGAGAAGGAUGCAAGGUUAUAUAUAGAGCAUCUCGAGAGAUGCACAGCUAUAAAAAAAGAAAUCUCUCUGUAAAUAUCAGUGUCUAACUAAGCCGAGAGAACGGCGUAGACUUGACCUUGAACGCCAGCCCUCUGAGGAUUGGAAUCCAGGACCCGGGACAGCCUGCGCUGCUGCUCCUUGUCGGAGGUCGCUCCGCGGGGGUCGAACCCGGGACCGCCGGGGCUGGAAGGGCUCCCUGAGCCGGGCUGGCCUGCUUCCCGAAGGGGCUUCGUAGAGCAUCCGUCUGCCUCGUCUAUUUAUAAUCCGUGGCGCUGAUUCCUGCUGGACAGUGAAUGAGCUGAGAAAAAGUUUCUAUUUUUCCUUCCUUUGCACUAGAAUCUGUAUUUAUACCGUACUGGCCGAAUGAUGUUUGUGUUUCUGAUUUUUUUUUUCAACGAGACGAACCAAAACAAAACAACCUCCCCCAAAGCAAAGCGGACAAGAUGACGCUUGUUUUAUGUGCUUGGUUUCUUGAGUUGGGGGUACUGGUUCCCCCUAGGGUCCGUCUGCUCCUUACGUGCGGUCUGGAUGGGGGCAAAUCUCUCCUCCUCUGUGUGCCUCAGUUUCUCUCUCUGUCCGAGGAGAGGGAGUUAGAUUAGAAGAUUCCGGGAGCCCUUGCAGCUGAGGCAUUCAGCGCUCUGGUAAAACGGGAGGGAGAGAAGGGGGGGAGAGCGGAGAGAGGAGGAUGCUGCUGUCUGCUAAGCAACGGGGCAGCCGGGAUGGAGCUGGUGCUUGUGGGAUGCCUGCCUACAGGCAAGGGGGGAGCAAGCAGUCUCAGGGAAGUAGUUUUGAUUUUUCUUGGGGGAGGGGCGGGAGGAGAGCUUUCUGGGGGGGAUUUGGAGGGGGGUGAUGGAGCGGGCAGCGCCUGUGCCCCCCCAACACCCUCUGCGGGCUCCCAGAAGCCGUUAGCAGGAAGGGUGAAUAUCGGGGGGCAGCUCAGCUCCAGCGGUCCGGGUGGGCCCAGCCUCGGAGGAACUGGCUGGUAGCGCAGCCGGCCUUGGCUGGCAGGACAGUGCUCGUCACCAGCGGAAAGAAAAACCGCCGGACGCAUUUUAAAUGCACCAGAGGAGCUCGAUCUAAAGAACCCCGAGUAGCGUUGGGGAUGAGGACUGCCUGGGAAGGUGGAGGAGUGGGCUCAGCCGGGGCGCUUCCCCGUGCUCCCUGAGGGGGGGGGGAGGGGCCAAAACUGGGACCAUCCGGGCUGAUGGAGACCUCAGAGGCCCCAGCCUCACUUUUCAUUUUCCGGACAGAACUGAGAGCCCAAGAGGCUCUGACUUAGCCAGGGUCCCCCCAGAGCUGGGAUUCAAAGCCAGAUUCUCCAACUCCAACUGUCAGUCCCUGUGUCAUGUCAAAUGGGAAAACAAGCAAAAAAGGAGCCCUUGACGAUCUGAACCGAGUGCUGCAGGUUUGGGAAGGGCCAGUCCUUCAGCUUUUUAGCUCCAAGGAAUCCAGUCCUUUGGAGGCAUAGGAAAACCCAAACUGUUUCAUGAAAUGGGAACCAAACGCAUACAUUUAUUUCCUGUUUUAGCAGCCCUAGCCCCGGAGCUGUAUAUUGAUAGCUUUCUCUUUCUCUUCCCCAUCCUCUAACCUAUCAUUCUAUUUGUCUCUGUUCUUGUAUUUAUCAGGUAUCAGUCUAUCUAUCCAUCUAGCCAUUCAGCCAUCUCUCUACAGACUAUCUUUCUGUUUAUAUUAUCUAGUCCAUCUAUUUUUCCAUUUAUCUAUUCAUUUAUCUUUCCAUCCUAUCCAUCUGUCUACUCACUCACCUAUCUUAUCCAUGAGUCUUCUCUAUUAUCUAUCUAGCCACCUAUUCCUUCAUCUAUUUAUUGUCCUUCCUUUCUUUUUCUUCCUUCCUUCUUUCAUUCUCUCUCUCUUUCUCUUUCUUUCUUUCUCUUUCAUUUCUCUUUCUCUUUCAUUUCUCUUUCUAUCCCAUCCAUCUAUUCUCAAGCAUAAAAUCUAGUCAGAGUGCUAAACUGAGGCAGUGAAAUAUGGGGCAAAAUAAAUGCUGGAACAGGAUUCAGGAGAUGGGGGUUUGCUUUUUGGCUCUGCCACUAGCUGGCUGAAUGACCUUAGAAAAGUCACUUAAUUCUCCAGAGUUAAAUUUGUUCAUCUGUCAAAUAAAAAUGUUGGACUAAGGUCCCUUCUAACUCUACCAUUAUAUGUCUGUAAAUGUCACUAUUUCAUCCUGAGAGUCAGUGUGACACAGUGGAUGGCUGCUAGGCUUGGAGUCGGGAAAAUUUGUCUUCAAAUCCGUGUGACCCUGGAAAGUCACUUCCCUUCUCUGGGACUAUUCUCAUCUGUGAAAUGAGGAGGGGGGGGGCUGCCUUGAUGACCUCUGAGGCCCCUCCUCCCUCCUCCCUCUGAUCCCAUUUAUCGAACACCAAAUGUUUGCAGGGGGCUUCAACGCUGUGAUGACUUCUGCGAGGGCCCCAGAGCCUCCGUGGCUCCUGCCUAAGAGACUUGUGUUGCAAAGUUCAAGGCUGAGACAGCCCAGGCGGGGAAGCCAGAGAAGCUCGGUCCGGGGAGGCAGUGGAAGCCGGCAGAGGGUGGAGGCCGACCGGGGUCAGUUCGGCCGGUCCCUGGGCCCGCUGCUGAGGAGCGAGCCCCGAAGGGUGAGCUUUCCACUCCCCCAGUCCUGACCUAGCCCUGGCUCCUUGGCCCGCCGUUCCACGGCCCAGAGGCUCAAGGCACCGGGUCUGUCG